UUUAUUAUAUGACAACCUGUCAAAAGCAGCAUUUGAUAGUGUUAAUAUUUAAGAUUUAUUUGGCUUUAAUAGAUUCAUAAGUUACAACAACAUUUAUCAACGUGAUAAGUGAAAAUGGCAGCAGAAUUAAGAAAGUUUCUUUAUGGCCUUCUAAGUAGUGUGGAAGGACUUCAUAGUAUUCUGAUAACAGAUAGGGAUGGAGUACCUGUUGUGUCUGUAGCUGAUGAAACAGUACCAGAAUUAGCUAUGAGAGCAAGUUUCUUAUCAACAUUUGGCAUGGCAACGGAUCAAGGAAGCAAAUUAGGACUAGGAAAAAAUAAAACAAUUAUAUGCAUGUAUAGUAGUUAUCAGGUAGUUCAAAUGAACAAAUUACCAUUAGUAAUUAGUUUCAUUGCUAGUCAUAAUUGUAAUACAGGCCACAUUUUAUCUUUAGAAAAUAAAAUUGAUCCAAUUUUGAGUAAUUUAAAAAAUGCUGUAGUGGAAGCCUGAUGGUUACCUGUUGUACAUUAUGGGUGAUAAAUACCAAAUGUUUACAGUUGGUUUGGUAAACACUUAUAAUGAACAGACAUUAUAAGUAAUAAUGGAGAUGUUAUACAUUUUUUCUUAAUUUACAAGAAAUUCAAAUUAUAUUCUUUUAUAAUUGUAUUUCUUUCAAUUAGCA